AUGGGUUGUCUCAAUACUCUAAACCCUCUAAGAAAAAAAUGGCUUGGGUUGCUUGUGAAGGUCACUGUAUUGGUAACUGUCAUGGUUGCCAGGGCAAACUCUGAAGAUCAAACAGGUUUAUUGUGUGUUAGUGAUUGUGGUACAUGUCCAGUCAUUUGUUCCCCACCUCCUUCCCCAGUAAAAUCACAUACACCACCACCACACUCAUCACUACCGCCACCACCGCCGCCUCCACUGCUGACGCCAAUUUAUCAAUCCCCUCCUCAAUCUUACUAUCACUCUCCACCACCACCAGCACCUCGGCCGCCUCCACCAUCACCACCAGUGCCUUCAUCAAAUACACCAAUAAUUGUUGUCCCCACUCCUCCUUCUAGUUCCAACAGCCCUCCUUCAGGUCACGCGCCACCUACAGCAGGACCACUUGACUACGCCUUUCCUUACUACUAUUUCUAUGCAUCCAAGGCAUCUAAUCUCUGUUAUUCGUUGCCUUAUGGUCUAUAA